AUGAGAUGGGAAAAGCCGGAAGCGAGCCUGGCCUCGUUCACCUUUAAACUUGGACAACCACUUGAGCCACACCAAGCGGAAAUCAAGCCACAGACCACAAAUAUCGAUUUUGCGCUCCAAAAAAUGUCUAGGGGCCCCAAAGUUGAGAAAAUUCGUGAAAAUCCACUCCAAAAUGGCCGGGAAACCAACUUUGAUCUGGAAGUGGCGAUUGGGGGAAGAGAACGCGUCGAAGCCACUAGUGCUCGACUUCCAAAGCCAAAUUUUCACACUGCUACCUGGCGUACGGUAGAAAUCGGAAGACCACUGGAAGAAGAGUUGGAUUUGAAUAUUCGACUUGAGGAUGAGACCGCUACCGUAGCCCGUAUUGCCCCGGAAAUUUAUAAGCUGGUUGGGAUGAUUUUUGGAUUGAAAGAGCCGAGUUACGAAGAAAUUGACAGUGCAGCAAAGAUUCUCACAAAGAACGGG